CAUUGCCGGGCCGGCGUGCGGUGGGGCCGGGCGAGCCUCCCCAAGAUGCAGUGCUGAGCCCCUCAGAUCCCCGCCAUGGCAGCCCGGCUGGUGCAACGCUGCUGCUGGCGGCACCUCAUCACUUUUACCUGCGCUCCUGCUGCUGCCCCGGCUGCUCUGCUGCUGCCCAAUGGGAAGCUGCCAGCAGCCAGAGCCCUGCCACACACACCUGUUGCCUCUAUCCACACCUCCGUCCCCUCUGCCUGGAAUGCAGACAGAUUCUCUGUCAAAGAGCAGGUGGAAGAAAACAGUAACUCAGAGCACAGAGCGAUCCUGAAUCUCAUUGAGGCAGCCACAAGUCCUCAGGAACUGUUCCAGCUGGGUGAACUUCACUCUCUAAACAGCAACCAGGCUUCGCUGGUGGUUACUCGACUUUCUUGGCUUGCAGUGGAAAAGAACCUGGAAACAGGGGACAUUCUGCAAGAUGAACGAUUUCGGCAGCUUAUUGAGAUUGUGGAUUCUCAGAUAUCUCAGGUGUGGAAUAACACCUUGGUGGGCCUCCUGAAGAGCCUGUACUCGCUGGGGAUGGAGAGCAGCAGCAGGGAGGUGCAGUCUGUGGAGCAGGAGGUGCUGUGGCGGUUGCGGCGCCUCACCUUCCGCCAGCUCGCCUCCUUGGCAGAGUUCUUGGCUGUCAAGCAGGGCAAGGAGAGCAAACUGCUCCACGAGGUCAUCAAGAAGCUGGAGCUGCGGUGGACAGAACUAGAGGGCACCAGAACCGUGGUGAUGCUGAUUGCCAAGGUUGGGCACAUCUCCUCAGUGCUGAUGGACCGGUUAGAGGACAAGGCUCUGGAGCUUGCUGAGCAGUUCAGCCCUGAGGACAUAAGGAAAAUCACGCUGGCUCUGGCGUACCAGAACCGGCGCAGCGUGCCUCUGCUCCGUGCCAUGUCCUACCACCUGAUUCAGAAGCACUCAGAGCUCAACCUCAGCGUCCUGAUGGACCUGAUUUUCGCCUAUGGAAAACUGAAUUUCCACCAGCCCCAGGUCUUCCAGAAGAUAGCCACUGACCUGCAGCCCCACGUUUCUGCAAUGACACCCGUCGAGGUGACGCGCUGCAUCCGCUCCUUCGCCCUCCUCAAGUGGCUCAGCCUGCCUCUGUUUGAGGCCAUCUCUCAGUAUACCCUGGACAAUGCCAAGCAGCUGUCCAUUGCCCACCUGUGCAGCAUCAUCCUGUCUUUUGCCCGCCUUAACUUCCAGCCCAGCGGAAGCGAGGACUUCUUUAACAUGGCCCAUGAGGAGCUGCAGGGCCAGCUGGACAGCCUGGAGCCCCAGCUGCUGAUCGACCUGGUCUGGUCACUCUGUGUGCUGCAGCAAGCCAAGCCUCCCUACCUGCAGCGUGUGCUGGCACCCGACUUCCACGCUGUGAUCCAAGGCGAUCUGUCCCCCAGGGCUCAGAACUUGCGGAUGAAGCUCAUCCAAAUCAAUGCUGCUGCCAAGCUGGAGAGCCCUGAGUACCAGGGGCCGUUCCUGCCGGCUGGGAUGCUGAGUGCUGCAGAGCCAGCAGCAGAGAAGGUCACCCUGCUGCAGAGCAGCUUGCGGGAGGCCCUGGCAGGCGUGCUGGGCAGCCAGGACACCGGGCGCUGGGACGUGCGCACCAUCUACGGCUGGCAGAUCGAUGCUGAAAUGGUGCUGAACAGCGAGAAUAAACCUCUCCCCUUGAAGAACUUUGCAGCUCCACAUCUGCCCCACUCAGAAGGGACAAAGCCGCUGCCACCGGGUGCCAGGAGGGUCGCCUUCCUCAGGUGGGAAUUCCCAAAUUUCAGCAACAGGAGCAAGGAGCUGCUGGGCCGUUACGCCAUGGCUCGGCGCCACAUCCAGGCAGCCGGCUUCCUUGUUGUGGAUGUCCCCCACUAUGAGUUCCUGGAGCUGAAGCUGGAGCGGCAGCGGGCGGCGUACCUCCGUGACAAACUCCACAAGGUGGUGGCCAAGGAGCUGGCCAGUUAGCUGUGUUUCAAUAAAGCCACCCUCUGCUGUA